UUGACAGUCUUUAUUUAACGCCAAAAUGAUGGUUUGCCCUUGCGCAAGCUGUUAGUAAAUCUGGCAGUCCAGAUGAAAUGCAAUCCACUUUGCAGAAAGUGUUGACAUUCAUAAUGUGUGAAUAUUGUGAGAUAAAUCAAUAAUCCUAAGAUCCCACGACAGAAAGCAUCAACAUUUAUUUUCAAUCCUUAUGAUAUUAAUAUUGUCUACUUACUCUGCAGUGUGAUAUUAAUGGAUGAUGUUGUCUUUGCAGGAGCUGUUUGACAUUAUUUUAGAUGAGAAUCAGUUGGAGGACGCCUGCGAGCACAUGGCAGAUUAUCUGGAGGCGUACUGGAAAUCAACUCAUCCUCCCAGCGUCCCACAGAGUCAUCUACUGUUAGAGCAACAUAACACAGAGACUGAAACCACUGAUGGACCACAACCUUCAUCCAACCUGAAACUAAAGGAUGCAGGGGGAGAUCAGAGACCACUGAACGACAGUAGGGGUUUACAUGAAGACCACCACCACCAUCAUCAUCAUCAUCACCAGACUCAGAAAUCAGGAAGUUUAGAAAGUCCCGAUGACACCAUAGAGGAACCUCAAAACAACACAGAGCAGCAACCGUCACAGAGUGAAUGGAGGACACAACACAUCCAUCAUUGCUCUUCAUCCACACGGACUGAACGUCACAAUCAUCACCGCCAUCAUCACCGCCGGACCACGUGGACGCUUUCUCGACAAGAGACGUGGAGACCAAUGAACCUCAUCAAACAGAGGAGGAGGAGCUUCAAACCAAUCGCCAUCAUCAUCAUCACCAUCAUCAUCAUCGCGGAGACAAAGAGAAAGAGUUCGACCACAACGAGAAGAACAGCAGACAUAGAGGACAACAGAAAUCACAACGAGAACUUGAGCGUAUGA